AUGGAAAGCGGUGGCCAUUUUGGUUUUUACGGUGGUGAUCAAGGUGGUGGCUUGCCGAAUUACCAAAUGUUUCCUCUACAUUCUCCUUCAAUCUAUACCCCCACUCCUCAAUUGCCACCCCCACAUAGUUUUCUUUUGCGUCAAAGUUAUCAAAAUUCUGUCAAUUACAAUGACACACUUUUCCCUUCAACUGCAUUUGAUCACAUUUCUUCUUCUAGUGGAGGGAUCGAUCACUUGAUCAACAAAGAAGCAGCUGCAGGAGUUUCAAUUGCACCAUCGUUUCCUAUGGAUCAAAACGCAGGUGUUAAUAGCAUGCUUUCUGACACUAAUUGGGUGCAACUGAGCAACUAUCGCAUGGAUAAUCCAUACACAGACUUCUACAAAGAAGUAAUCAGUCCUCCUAACCAGAUCUCAAAUGGUGGUGUUAACACCCCCUCUAGGAAAUUAUAUCACAGGGAACCAUGGAGAAAGGAAGAAGACAGCAUCGAAGGUAGAGCUGGGAAACAAUGCCGUGAGAGAUGGCGGAAUUAUCUACGUCCUGAUAUUAAGACAGAUGAAUGGAGUGAAGAUGAAGAGAUAAUUAUUGUUGAAGCUCAUAAGAAAAUUGGUAAUAAGUGGGCUGAAAUUGCAAAACUCCUUCCUGGGAGAACAGAAAAUGCAAUAAAGAAUCAUUGGAACUCAACUAGAAGGAAGAAAACUUGUAGUAAUUACAGGAGCAAGAAAAAAGAAUCUGAAAAUAGAAAACAGAAAUCUACAGUUUUAAUCGACUAUAUUAGAGGCAUCGAUUCCACCUCCACCUCCCCCAGCAAAAACACUACAAAUCCCACCACUUGCACCACCAUUGUUUCAUCACAUGAACCACCAAAUCCAUACUUAAGCGACUCUCCAUCUAUUGACCUCACUACACCUACUGAUGAGGAGAUAACUUUCCUCCAAAGCCUUUUUGGAAAUAGCACCACUUUUCCACAAUCUGAAACCACCACCUCCAAUAUUGAGUCAUUGACUCAACAUAUACAGCCAGAAUCACACCCAAAUAUGACCACUCCCCUUUUAGGGUUUAAUGGAGAUUCUGAAUUUGGGUGUUUAUCUCCGUUGUUUCCUGUUAAUGAAAGCUCCAAUAUUUACCAGAACAACAACUCUCAAACUAAUAUCCCAGUUUCUCUUGAUGAUUACCUCUUAUUACUCGGUGAAACUACUGUCUUCUCCGACUAUAGUGACCCUGUCUAUAUGGCUAUGGAGACAUGA